CGUCUCCGCCAUUUUGUGAGUCUAUAACUCGGAGCCGUUGGGUCGGUUCCUGCUAUUCCGGCGCCUCCACUCCGUCCCCUGCGGGUCUCCUCUGUGUGCAAUGGACGGCGUCGUCACAGACAUAGCAGUUGGUACAAAGCGGGGAUCCGACGAACUUUUCUCUGCCUGUGUCACUAACGGACCCUUUAUCAUGAGCAGCAACUCGGCCUCCGCAGCAAAUGGGAACGACAGUAAGAAGUUCAAGGGCGACAACAGGAGUGCAGGUGUGCCUUCCAGAGUGAUCCACAUUCGAAAGCUUCCCAGUGACGUCACCGAGGGCGAGGUCAUUUCCCUGGGGCUGCCCUUCGGAAAGGUCACCAAUCUCCUGAUGCUGAAAGGGAAAAAUCAGGCUUUCAUCGAGAUGAACACAGAGGAGGCCGCCAACACCAUGGUGAAUUACUACACCUCGGUGACCCCUGUGCUGCGCGGCCAGCCCAUCUACAUCCAGUUCUCCAACCACAAGGAGCUCAAGACUGACAGCUCCCCCAACCAGGCGCGGGCCCAAGCGGCGCUGCAGGCGGUGAACUCCGUGCAGUCGGGGAACUUGGCCCUGGCCGCCUCGGCUGCCGCAGUGGACGCCGGGAUGGCCAUGGCCGGCCAGAGCCCGGUGCUCCGGAUCAUCGUUGAGAACCUUUUCUACCCGGUGACUCUGGACGUGCUCCACCAGAUCUUCUCCAAGUUUGGCACAGUUCUGAAAAUCAUCACGUUCACCAAGAAUAACCAGUUCCAAGCGCUGCUGCAGUAUGCCGACCCUGUGAGCGCCCAGCACGCCAAGCUGUCGCUGGACGGGCAGAACAUCUACAACGCCUGCUGUACGCUCCGCAUCGACUUCUCCAAGCUCACCAGCCUCAAUGUCAAGUACAACAACGAUAAGAGUCGCGACUACACGCGCCCCGACCUGCCCUCUGGGGACAGCCAGCCCUCGCUGGACCAGACCAUGGCUGCCGCCUUCGGUGCGCCUGGUAUAAUGUCAGCCUCUCCGUAUGCAGGAGCUGGUUUCCCUCCCACCUUUGCAAUUCCUCAAGCCGCAGGUCUGUCUGUCCCUAACGUGCACGGAGCCCUGGCUCCUCUGGCCAUCCCGUCGGCGGCGGCGGCGGCGGCAGCGGCGGGCCGAAUCGCCAUCCCAGGCCUGGCAGGGGCCGGGAACUCUGUCCUGCUGGUCAGCAACCUCAACCCCGAGAGAGUCACACCCCAAAGCCUCUUUAUUCUUUUCGGCGUGUACGGCGACGUGCAACGGGUCAAGAUCCUGUUCAACAAGAAGGAGAACGCCCUGGUGCAGAUGGCCGACGGGAGCCAGGCGCAGCUGGCCAUGAGCCACCUGAACGGGCACAAGCUGCACGGGAAGCCGGUGCGCAUCACACUGUCCAAGCACCAGAAUGUGCAGCUGCCCCGGGAGGGCCAGGAGGACCAGGGCCUGACCAAGGACUACGGCAACUCCCCGCUGCACCGCUUCAAGAAGCCCGGCUCCAAGAACUUCCAGAACAUUUUCCCGCCCUCGGCCACCCUGCACCUCUCCAACAUCCCGCCCUCUGUGUCUGAGGACGACCUCAAGAUCCUCUUCUCCGGCAACGGCGGCAUGGUCAAGGGCUUCAAGUUCUUCCAGAAGGACCGCAAGAUGGCCCUGAUCCAGAUGGGCUCCGUGGAGGAGGCCAUCCAGGCGCUCAUCGACCUGCACAACCACGACCUGGGCGAGAACCACCACCUGCGGGUGUCCUUCUCCAAGUCCACCAUCUAAGGCCCGCCCGGGACCGGCCUGCUGGCGCCCAGCCACAACUUCCAUCAUUCCAGAGAAAAGCCACUUUAAAAAGCAGCUGAAGUGACCUUAAAAGACCAGAGAUUUUAUUUUUUUAAAAGAGAAAUCAGUUUACCUGUUUUUAAAAAAAUUAAAUCUGAUUGACCUUGCUCAUACUGGGGAGAUGGGGUGCCAGCCUCGGGCUCUUGGUGACGAGUGGACAAUGCGCCCCCUUCCCUUCCCAGCCCCCGAGCCCGUGCCUUUUGCAGCCCCUGCGGGGGCGGGCGCUCCCAAACCUCCACUUGGCUUUCUUGUGCCUUAAAACCAGCUGCUCUGGCGGGGGUGGGGCUGGGGGGCGGCCUCCUGCAUGGGAUCAUGUGCCUGGUGCAGCCGGAGGCUGCGAGCUGCAGGGGCCAGCCGGCACCCCAAUCCUGUUUAAUCAAGUGUGUGAUUCUCCCCGCCCCCAGGGACCCCCACCUCGGGCAAGACCCCAAGGGCACCAGCCCUGUCCUCUUCAGCUUGAGCUGUUUUCACCGUGAUCUCCGUGUUAUGCUUUGAUGCAGUUGCAGACGUCUGUGCCUAGUGACCAAAUAUUCUAAUCUUUUUUCAUUUAUAUGCAAAAGAAAUAGUUUUAAGUAACUUUUUAUAUAGCAAGAUAAAAAUGGUAUGAGUAUAAUCUCGAUUUCCUCCUUGUGUAUGAUCUUACAUACUGUCCUUUUUUAUUUUAUUUCUUAUAAUUAAGUUGCAGGGCAGGAUCUAGUUUCCAGGGCAGACCGGCUGGGGUCCCGGCCCUGCCCACCGCUUCCAGAUGCCUUACUCACAGCUGGCCUGUUCCCUGCUGGGGGGACAAGCGCUCUUAACCUUUCAGGGUUUCCCUUCUCCUGCAAAUUUUGGACCAAAGUUUUGUUUUUUGUCUGCCUCUAAUGCUGGCGUCCCAGAAGGUGGGACAGCGGCCCCGAGUCUUAACUGUCUCCCGCACGUCGUCCUGCACUUGCGGGUCCAAGGGGUUCCCCUGGGAACAGACCCCGUGCCGGCCAGCCCCUUCCCUCGGGCCUGGACCCUCGAGUUUCCGUGUUGGGGUGGAACAAGGGUGUAAAUAUUUAUAAUUUUUUUAUACCUGUUGUAAAACGAGGGGCAGCAACCGUGGUUUUUUAUAAAAGGUGACACAGAUGUAUAUUUUGAUAACCGCAGUUACAGGCUCAGUAUUGUGACGGGGAGCGAGGCACGCUCCACUGCCCGCCCCGGAGGCUUGUAAUGCAAGAGAACGAAUUAAAGCGAUUUUACAACUCCUACCUUUUCUGUAGGCUCUUUCUUCCUGUUCACAUUGUAGAGGGCAGCUGGCCAGUCUGCUGGACUUUGAAUAAAUGUCUCUGCAUCUUGCA